CAAACACUACAGCAAAGCUUAAUAACAACAAUUACAUCUUUACAAGUACACAACACCACCAACCCAACCAAACUUGAAAGUUGAGAAGAAACCAAACAAAAGAAUUUUUCAGAAACCAAAAUCCCAUCUCUCUCUCUCUCUCUCUCUCUCACACACACAGCUUAUUAUUAUAAACAGAUUCUAUUCCCUUUCCUCUCUGCCCAUUAAAAUUCUCUAGCCUUUACUCACGUUUAAUAACUUUUUUUUUUGGUUCACAAACGAAAAGGCUUUCCCAGAUUUCGUUUUUUCCAGAGGAAGUGGUUUUUCUCGUGAUUCUCAAACUUUUCCUAACGGUUUCCCAUACCCGGAUCUUGUUCCGGCUAUUUGGGUUAUUCCAGGUAUUGGUUCCUUUCAUGAGGGUCUCUGUUACUUUCAUGGAGGACUGGCAACUCAAAACUUGUUAGAUAAUGCAGAUCAGCUGCCCUGCUUUCUUUGUUGCAGCUGUUUUUUUGGUGAAUAUACAGUCAGAAGAUUGUAAAUAAAAUGGGAAUCCUUUCGCGCAGUGCAGUUAGCAGAAAGCCAAACGAGACGAUGAGGCUUAUUGUAACUACUUUUGUUGGAGUAGUUUUGGGUUUCUUCAUAGGAGUAUCAUUUCCUUCAUUGUCAUUAACUAAGCUGAAUCUCCCAUCCAGCAUUCUUCCUUCCAUGGAUCUCUUACAUGUGAGGGAAUCAGGCGAUGAAAAGACUUGGCUACCUGUGAAUAGUAUUAGUAGCCGCUCAACUGCUCAAAAUGUAACCAAUACAUCAAAGAUUUGGGUUCCAUCUAAUCCUAGAGGUGCGGAAAGACUACCUCCUCAAAUUGUUGCAGCUGAGUCAGAUUUCUACCUGCGAAGAUUGUGGGGUAACCCUAAUGAGGACUUAAAAAGCAAACCACAGUACCUUGUAACCUUCACCGUUGGGUAUGAUCAGAGAAUGAAUAUUGAUGCGGCAGUGAAAAAGUUUUCGGGAAACUUUACAAUCCUUCUAUUUCAUUAUGAUGGCCGAACAACUGAAUGGGAUGAGUUUGAGUGGUCAAAGCAGGCUAUUCAUGUGAGCAUUCGUAAACAGACUAAAUGGUGGUAUGCCAAACGAUUUCUGCAUCCUGCUAUAGUGGCCCAAUAUGACUACAUAUUUAUCUGGGAUGAAGACCUGGGAGUAGAGCAUUUUAAUGCAGAAGAAUACAUAAAAUUAGUAAGGAAGCAUGGCUUGGAGAUUUCACAGCCUGGUUUGGAACCUAAUAAAGGAUUAACAUGGCAAAUGACAAAGAGAAGAGGUGAUCGAGAAGUUCACAAAGAGACAGAUGAGAAACCAGGCUGGUGCUCUGACCCACAUCUGCCUCCCUGUGCAGCGUUUGUGGAAAUCAUGGCUCCAGUGUUCUCCCGAGAUGCAUGGCGCUGUGUGUGGCAUUUGAUUCAGAAUGACUUGGUCCAUGGGUGGGGUCUUGACUUUGCCCUUAGAAAAUGUGUAGAGCCUGCACACGAGAAGAUAGGAGUUGUAGAUUCCCAGUGGAUUGUUCAUCAAACUGUUCCCUCACUUGGUAGCCAGGGAGAAUCACACGAUGGGAAGAAACCAUGGCAAGGGGUUAGAGAGAGGUGUAGAAAGGAGUGGACAAUGUUCCAAGAUCGGUUGUCAAAGGCGGAGAAUCAAUAUUUUAAAGCAAUGGGAAUUGGUUCUUCCAAUUCCACAGUUCAUUAGGGAACAGCAAUAACAGAAGCUGAUUGUACUACAAGCACAACACCUGCUUAGAUUUUACAUAAAUUAGUAAAAUUCAUUAUUAUUACCUGUAUCA